AUGUCUGCACUCACGCGGCAGAAACUCUGGGAAGAGCGUUCGCGAACAAAAUGCGACUUAGAGGUGGAAAGCUGCGACGGCGGCUUUGUUUUGGCGCACUCGGAAGUCCUCUCAUCAGCCAGCCCCUUUUUCGAGAUGGCCAUCUGGGCCCAGAAACAUAUAAUGAAAAACGUUGAUUCGGAAAGAAUAACGGUGAAAAUUCCAUGCUGCUCCGCAUCGACAAUCAUCGAACUGAUCAAAUUCAUUUACACCGGAAACUUGAACAAACUCAACCCUUUCACCGUGACCGACAUCUACAGAGGCGCCGAUUUUCUCUGCUUGGAUAAUUUGGCGCAGAUUUGUUGCGACUAUUUCAAAAACAUCAUCACCUUCAACGACUGCAUCCAGCUCGUGCAGACGGAAAACACACCAUGGCCAGAUAAAAGGCUGGAGACUCUUGGCUGGGCCCAUUUGCAUGCCAGAAUAAGUUAUGAGCGCUCGGCCGACGUUCUCAAGUCCGUCAGCGCCAAAACGAUGGCCGCGCUCGUCUCCAGCGACAGACUCAACGCGCCAAGGGAGGAACUCGUCUGGGAGUUAAUUAUUAGCUGGGCUGGUUGUGAUGCCGCAGACAGAGCCCAGGACGUGCCCAAGCUGGCGAUGCUCCUGAGAAUAGGUUUCUUGCCAUUCAGCUACGUCCUGAAAGAGAUUAUUGAAAAUCCCAUGGUGGGUCACGCCACGGAUAUUUGCACAAUCAUCAGAAGGAGGAACCUCGAAGCCGACGCCGUCGUUUCAAAAAGCGUAAAUCAUUCCGGCGCUGUUCCCACCUUCAUGAAGCCUCGUCUUCCCUACUCCCUGAUUCUGAUUUUGGGCGGCAAAGUUCUCCAAGGCAACGCAUCGGCCAGCACCGACACGGUGCAAAUUUUCGACUUCCACACUCAGCAGUGGCUCAAGCCAAAGGUGGAGCUGCGUGUGCCUCAGGGCGAUGAUUCCUUCAGACGCUUGGCAUUCCAAAAGGUGGUGCUGCAAGGUCACGACCUGUACCUCCUGGGAGGCGCGGAGAACGGCGCGCCCAGCACCAGGUGCGACAAAUUGGACCUGACGUCUCUUAAAUGGAGCAGGGUGAAGGACAUCUCGUUUGCAAAGUAG